GUAAUAACAUGUCAUAAAGAAUCUAUACUUUAUGGGUGUCUCGUAGUUUGUUUUGUACUUUAAAUUCCGAAAAUUAACAUUAUAAAUACACAAUAUAUUGUGUGUUUCAAUUUUAAGUGUAAUUAUUUAAUAAUCAGGUAUUAAUAAUAAUGGACAGCCUUUAUGGAAAUUCAUAUCAGAGCAAUGAAGGCGAAAAAGACUUUCAAAAAUUGGCCCAAUUAAUUGGCACUAAUAUUCAGAAAAUAUCACAAAAUGGUAAGAAUAUAUGUAUUUAUUUUUAUUGGAAUUUUAAAUUUGAUUAAUAGGUUUAUUGUUAAUUUCUUUAUUCUAUUGAUAUUCUAUUGUUCUGUUAAUAACUUAAUUAUAUUUAUUUGUAACAAUUUAUCAAUAAAUACAUAUAGUGGGUUUGUUUCCUAAUCGUUUUCAGCUAUGAACUCAUUGUAUUUAAAUUUAAUACCCAUCUCUGUAAUAAUAUAGGUACUUACCUAAAAUAAUAAUACAUAUGAAUUUAAAAAGAAUUCCUAAUUAUGUAGUAAUUAUUUAUAAAUAUUCAUAUAAUACUAUUAUUAUUAAUAAUUAAUAAUACAAUUUAUUUUGUAUUAAUCAAUUACCAUUUUAUGUACUACCUAAAUAAAAUUACGGAAAUAAUUAUAUUGUUUGUCUGUAUCUAUAGUUAUAUAAAAUUUCCCUGUAUCUCUAAUGAUCAAUUAAUUUUAUACUUAAAUACAAAAAGGUACCUAUUAUUUGUGUGAUAUAAUUUUUAUGUUGCUAUCUACAAACAAUAAACAUACAGUUCUGCGAGCAAUUGUGUUAUUUAAUAACAAUAGUAUCCUGCAAUUUAACUAUAAAUAAAUACAAAUUGGUUUUUUACUGUAUAACCAAGAAAAACCAGAAGUAACAAAUUUUAAUAAAUAACCAUUUAAAAAAAAAAAUUCAAAUAUGAGAUCCCGUGUCAAGGAAAAAUAAUGAACUAAAACUAUAUUUAUGUCUAUUCCUGAUUGAUGAGCUACAUCUGUCAAUUUUUAUCAAAAUUUGUUUGGUAGCUAAACUGACUCACAUUUGCAUUUAUAGUAUUAUAUAGAUUAUAGAGACUAAGAUUAUUAUCAUGAUGACUAGAAUAGAAUUGAAUAUAUUAUAGUCUUCGUGGUUAUUAUAUUACUAACUAUUUUAGGAUAUAGAGACUGUUUUUGGUUUUUUCCAUAUAGCAGCAUAGGAAAAUGAGAUAACACAGUCACCUGAAUUUUAUUGUAUAGAAUUAAUUUGUAUUACCAGUUAAAGUUUUAAUGAUCAAAAAUAAUUACUACUUAUUCCAUUGCAUUUAUAAUUGUAAAGUUAAAUAUAAUUUAGUUGAUUAGCAACUUAAAACUUGUAUUAUGUUUACCAAACUUAAAAUACAAAUUUUAAUUUGAAAUUGUGAUUUUUAUGGUUAUUAAAAAUAUAAUUAUUUUUUAAUAAGAACAUAUUACUUUUAAUUCAAAUUGUGGUAUUUUAUUUGUUUAGUAUCAUCUAUGACCAGAAUGGUAAACCAAUUAAAUACGGUACAAGAUGCUACAGAAGUUAGAAAAUUAUUGUAAGUUCAAUUAAUAGGUUAUACAAUUUAGUGAUAAUUUAAUUAUAAAUAUAAUUUGUUAAUUCUAAUUACAAAAUUCAAAUCACAUGUUUCAUUGUUAAUACAGUUAUUGUUUUAUUUAGGUAAAUGUGUUGUUUUACAAUGUGUAACAAAAUUAAUUAAUCUAUACUUAAAUAAUUUUAGACAUCAAAUAUCACAUUACACACAACAGCUUUCUAAAGAUACUAGUCACAAUUUGAAGGAGCUUAAUGAUAUACGAUCAUAUUCUUCUCUAACAGAUCAAGUAUUUAUCAAACUGGUUUUUUUUUUUUUAAAUGUCUUUAAUUUAUUAUACAUUUUACUCAGAGACAAUUAAAAAUCCAAAAAGAACGUUUAGCUGAAUCAUUUACAUCUGCUUUAAAUGCAUUUCAAUCAAUUCAACGUACAGCAUAUGAUAAAGAAAAUGCAGAAUUAAGAAAACGUACACGAGCAUCUGCAACAAGUGGAGUACUACCUCCACCACCCAAUUCCAAUCAUCAGAAAGGUUUGGUUUUUAGUUUUUCAUUAAUUUACAAAAUAUUUAUAUUCCAUUACAAAAUUAACUAAAAUAUUGAAAACAUUAAUAGAAAAUACAAAUUUGUAGUAUUGAUAUUAUAUGCUACAGCAUUUUAGAAUUUUGUGGGGUUUCCAUUUUAGAUUCUAAGUGGAGCAAUGAAGCUUAUGGUUUUACAAAGAUUUAUUUUUUUUUUUACCAGAAGACUUCUCGGAUAUCUACGUUUAGCACAUUUUCUAAAAGAAAAUUGAUGUGAGGAAGUACUUUAGAGAGACCAUUUUUCGAUUUUCUUAAGUUUUCUCAACAAAUGUGAAAAACCGAAAAAAAAACUGGAAAAUUUACGAAAAAUAUAAUAAAUAUUAAUAUUAUAAAAUAUUACAAUAUUUUUUUUUUUUUUGAAAAUUUUUCUACCAGUAAUUUUGCUCCAACUCUUUUUUUAUUAAUAACAGUUAUUUAGCAUUUAUAUUUUGCAAUAAUUAUUAUCUUUGACUUAAUAGCUCAUCUGUUAAUUAAAAAAGUACUAUUAUUAUUAUAUAAAAAAAUAUUUAUAUUAAACAAUUAUAAAUUUAUUAUAUUCCUUUAGGUUACUCAAUUGACAGUCAAAAUGAUCAAGCUCAGUUACAAAUUUUGGAUGAAGUAAAUUUACAAGUUGUUGAACAAGAACAAGCUAUAAGACAACUUGAAGUUAGUAUAAAUAUAUUAUUAUAUUAUUCUAAUUCCUAUCUCAAUUAUAGUUCUAUAAAAUUAAUAAUAUUUAUAAUUUAGAGUGAUAUAGGUCUUGUAAAUCAAAUAUUUAAAGAACUUGGUACAAUAGUUCAUAACCAAGGAGAAACAAUUGACAAUAUUGAAGCUAAUGUUCAAAUUACUAAUGUAUCAGUUCAAGAAGCUACUAGUCAACUACGAAGAGCAACAGAUUAUACAGUAAGUAGAUUAUCCCUAUAUUUAUAUGUUUAUAAGUGUAUAAAAAACUUUUUUUUUGAUUUUAGAACAAGCUCAGAAAAAAGCGCUGCUAUUUAUUAGUUAUUUGUGCUGUAAUAUUAAUCAUUAUUGUAAUGACAAUUGUAUGGGGCUCUGGUAGUUAAAUAUAUAAUUUAUUCUUAUAAUAUUUUAUUGAAGUUAUUCCAUUUUGUUAAUUUUUGAUAAUAAAAUAAUAUUAUGUUUGUGUGUGUGUUAAGUUUUAUUAAAUAUUAUUUUUUAGAAAUUUAUAUUAGAUACUAUUUUAUUCAAUACAAUAUUACAGUUUAUAAUGUUAAUUAUUAUUACACUUAUCUACUUACAACCAUUCUUUCAAAAAUGAGUUUUAAUAAUAAAAAAAAAAAAGUACUUUGUCUAACAUAAUCAUAUUAUCUAUUUAGUGUUUGGUAGUAACAAAUUACUAUUUGCUGUAAUUCAGUUAAUUUUUCUAUUAUUUUUUUUAAAUUUAUUAAUAACACCAUAAUAAUUUAAUUGUUAUUUAUAUAAUGUAAAUAUAAUUAAAUUGUAAUUGAGUAAAUAGCUUAAUAAAUUAACUAAAAAGAAAAGAUUAACUUUAUUAUUGUUAAUAAAAAUACAAUUUUUUAUUUCUACAUUACAAUAAUAAUUUCAGUAAUAUAUUUAUGUCCAAUAAAAUAGCAUUGUAUCCAACAUUGAAAAUAAUCACAUAUUAAUACUUUAAUGUUAAAAUAGUUGAGUUAUUUUUCUUUAAAAUUAGUAAUUUAUCCAGCACUGUAAUUAAAUAUAUUACAAAUACAUGUAUAUAUAUAUUACUUUUUUAUUUUUAUUAUGAUUAUUAUUAUUGUAUAGAUUCAUUAUAUAUAUAUAUAUAUAAUAUUAGCAAGAUAAAUUUAAUAAACAGUUUAACUCAUCGGUGUCCAACCUUUUGUAAAGACUAGGCCACAUCAUGUAAGUAGAAGUUGUUGUGGUCCACAUACAUUUUAAUAAUACAUUUUGUUUAUAAAUUUACUAUAGUGAAUAAUAAGUAAAAAAAAUUUUAAUGAACUAUUAUAUUUUAUUCAUAAUAACAAUGAAAAGAUAUAUUUAUUUAUGAUUAAAAGAAAACAAUUUUAAAAUAAUUGUAUUAUAAUUUUAGUUACAUUAGUUUCUUUAUCACUAUCAGAUCCCAAUAAAGAUAAAACUUGCAUUUAAUAGUGUAUACUAUUAAGUGUCUAAUAUUUAAAUUUUUUUAAAUUUAUAAUAUUUUGUAGAUUUAUAUUUGUAAAAUAAUUUUUUUCUCAUAAUAUUAUAUACAAUUAAUUGAUUUGAAAUUCAGGUGAGAACCAUAUUAAAAUCCAUAGCAGGAUUAGAUCAAGGGUUGGACUCCUCUGAUUUAACUCAUCAAUCAUACUUCAAAUAAAUAAUGCUAUUGUACUAAAAUAAUUAAUAAUAGUAUAUUGAAUGUUAAUUUGUAUUAUUUUAUUAAUAAACAAUUUACCAAUAAUAUAAAAUAAAUCUAUAUAAAUAACACGCUGUAAUAUUAUUUUAAUUAAAGCUAUUAAAAUAAAAAAU